AUAGGUUAGCUCGGCAUAUCUGAUUCUGUCGGCCACUUUCGAUCAUUUUCAAGCUCCAUGUGCGAACCAAAGAGUAUGGAAAGUCGCGCCGGAUAUUAAUAGGUGAAUUAGGUGCUACAGCGAUGACUUUUGCAUCCUCGAAAAGUCGGUAUUGUCGUCCUUGUUUACCGGACAAACCGCUGCGUUGAGAAAGGAGAUAUUUUACUGACAGCGCCUUACUAGCGCUGACACGACCGAAUCCAUCGAUGAUUUUGAAUCUCGACGGCUUUUGCUGACCUAAUCACCACCGAAAACUUUUCCUGCUUUUUUUUUUGCAAAACACUCGGUAAUAAUGGUAUUAACAGUGGCCUCUGUGCGCCAGCAACUUGCCAAUUUAACCCGUUCUGGCGGCACUCAUAAAGAUCAAGCCGAAAGGUAUCGAACGAUUUUGGAUACCGUACUCGCGUCGGCAGGGGAGGAGCUUAUCGAUAUCUUAAAAGUGUUCAUCGAAGCAAUUGUCAAUGAGAAUGUCAGUCUCGUUAUAUCCAGACAAGUUUUAACCGAUGUCAGUAGCCGUUUGUUGAUCCUGCCAGAUGAAAUUUCAAAAGCUGUUUCGCACUACACGUUAGACAAGGUACAACCACGCGUUAUUUCCUUUGAGGAACAAGUGGCUAGCAUAAGACAACACUUAGCUGAUAUUUAUGAACGUAACCAAAAUUGGAGAGAAGCAGCUAACGUACUAGUUGGUAUACCCUUGGAAACUGGACAGAAGCAGUACACGGUGGACUAUAAGCUUGAAACCUAUCUUAAAAUUGCACGGUUAUACUUGGAAGAUGACGAUCCUGUACAAGCCGAAGCAUUCAUCAACAGAGCAUCGCUGUUACAGGCCGAGUCUAAAAAUGUACAGCUUCAAGUUUAUUAUAAAGUCUGUUAUGCACGAGUGUUGGACUAUAGGAGAAAAUUUAUAGAAGCGGCUCAGAGAUAUAACGAGCUUUCAUAUAGAUCUAUUAUUCAUGAAGAUGAACGAAUGACAGCUCUAAGAAAUGCAUUAAUAUGCACCGUUUUGGCGUCUGCAGGUCAACAAAGAAGUCGUAUGUUAGCAACUCUUUUCAAGGACGAGCGUUGCCAGCAACUUCCUGCCUAUUCCAUCCUGGAGAAAAUGUAUUUAGAUCGAAUCAUUCGACGCUCCGAGCUGCAAGAGUUCGAAGCCCUUUUGCAGCCUCAUCAAAAAGCGUGCACCAUGGAUGGGCUUGGAUCAACGAUUCUUGACCGUGCAAUUAUUGAACAUAACUUAUUGUCAGCUAGCAAAUUGUACAACAAUAUCACAUUUGAAGAGCUCGGUGCUCUGUUGGAAAUACCACCGACCAAGGCUGAGAAAAUCGCGAGUCAAAUGAUCACCGAAAGCCGCAUGAAUGGACACAUUGAUCAGAUCGAUUCCAUUGUACACUUUGAAACUCGUGAAAUUUUGCCUACGUGGGAUAAACAAAUCCAAUCGCUUUGUUAUCAAGUUAAUCAGAUCAUUGAGAAGAUUGCACAAACCGAGCCCGAAUGGAUCGCUAAAGUUAUGGAGGAUCAGAUGGUGAAUUAACAUGCGGUUAAAUUCGAGCAGAGCUUACUACUGUAAUUAUCGAUACUUGAGAUUUCAAGGAUCGAAGAAUAUCAAAACCAAUUACUUGGCCGACACAGUGGCUGAGAUUACAAACUACGCUUCAUGCUACACAGUGGAGAACGUGGCAGAUGUUGAAACCAUUUCUGGUUGUCUUGCAAAUUAAAUUGGAUUCUCAUGGACCGAUAUUUGGAUAAAUCGUAGUAUCCAACAAUGGACAGUUAUUAAACAGUGUUACCAAAUGUGGGAGUUCAAGAACACGAAUAUGUUUUCGUUAAUCAUACCGAGAGCACACGAGUCUGAUAACUAAUGUGACGUGCACUAGGUUGGUACCCGAUGUUGCAUCAUAUUGCAGUGAAAUAAACGUAGUACUUAUAAGAUCGGUAAAAAUUUAUUCAGGUAAUAAAGUAUCUAAAAUAUUGCUAGUUUAAGAACUACUUGUAUGCUACUCUCAAAUUCAUACGAAAACUAUGGAAAAAAGAAAAAGUGAAUGCCGUGGAAUUCCUUUACGAAUAAAGCACUACCACGCUUAACGUAA